AUGACGGACGCGCAAAGUUUGUCGUUCCCGCGGAACGCCAGGUCUGAGCAGCGGACGGUUACGUACUGGUGUCGCUUUCCAGAGCAACAGCAUCGCUACGGCAUUAACGCUGUGCUGGCCUUACAGAAGCCCGAAUCUCAGUCGGACGCCUACCUUCUCGUUUCAGCCGGUCGGGAUGGGUCAGUGCGGCUGUGGUCCAUCGACCAUAGAGCGCAACAGGGGCGGAUCGCUAAGCAGGCACAUUUGCGCUCUCUGGAAGAGCAUACCGACUGGGUGAACGACGUUGUGUCCCCAGGAGGCUAUCCUACGCUGGUUUCGUGCUCCUCUGAUGCGACCGUGAAAGUUUGGGACCUAUCGGCCGGAGCGUGCCUUGCGACGCUCGUUGAACACCAGGACUAUGUGCGAGCUCUCGCGAACGUCAGUAGCCGACAGUUCGUGAGCACCGCAUACGACAAUCGUAUCAUUCUGUGGGAUCUAGAUCGUAUGGUGGCCUUUUCUGAAAUGAGAGGCGAUGAAAAUGAGUCGAUCUAUUGCAUUGCUUCAGCGCUUCAUCGGGAUGGUGCACUGAACGGCUCGGCAGACUGUUUUGUUGUCGCCGCAGGGCACUCAGAUCGAUCUAUUCGGCUGUACGACUUGCGAACGAGUCGAGAUGUCAUGAGGCUGCAUGGACAUGCUGAUAUCGUUCGUCGCAUUCGACUAUCUUCGAACGGACUUUUGUGUCUUAGUGGCGGCAGCGACGGGGCGGUUCGGCUCUGGGAUAUUCGGCAACAGCGUUGCCUCAGUGUCUUCCACCACGUUCAUGAAGACUCUGUGUGGUCGCUUGAUGUACCACCGUCUUUUUCGUGGUUCGUGUCCGGUUCACGUGACGGGACUGUCUGCCGCACCGAUCUCCGGAAUUCGAAAGAGACACGAAGGCUGUUCGAGCCCGACGGGCACUCGGCGCGCAGAGAGCAGGUAUGUGACUGGUCUAAGGCUGUUUUAGAUGUUUGCAUUGCACCGACAGCCAACUAUUCCUCCAAUUUAUGGAUCGGAUUUGGUGAAUCUCAACUCCGAUGCGUUUCCAUGAAACAUCCAGAUCCGACUCAUGAAUGCGUCAUUGAAGGGCUCCCAUCCGUAGUCGACUAUCGAGUCUUGAACAAUCGACGUCACGUUUUGGUCCGAGAUAGCGAACAUGGCAUUCACUUGUGGGAUGUAUGUCGAGCGCUGAACAUUCGAAGUUUCGGUCGCGAUCGAAGCCUUGAUGAUGUCAUCGCAGAGAUCGAUGAGCUCGUUUACGUGCCGUCCUGGUUCAACGUGGACACUCGUAUGGGUAGCCUCGGUAUCCGUUUGCGCAAAAGCACUGUGAGCGACGCAGAUGUCUACGCAGUGGAUAUUGGUCUGGAGGCCGAAUCCGAAGACCAAAAAGUCAAUAUUGGCGAGCACACGCUCCGAGGGCUCUUUCACUGGUGGCGAAAGCAGUGGUUAAAGCGCAACCCUCAUGUAGCGGAAACCUUGAAUACAGGUUCGGGCCAAUCCAGUGAUACAGGAUCAACGACGGCGGAGAAGAAAGCUGCGGUACUUACACCAUUUGUUUUCCCCGGCGACAUUCCGGUGGUGGUCAACGAGCAGGGCCACAUCGAACCUCUGAUUCAUAAGCUUGCGCAUCGCUUUGAUGGAUCCGAAAUUGAAGAGCGGCUCAUGCCUUCAUGGGUCAUCGACAUUGUCGGACGAAAUCGCACGCUUGCCAAAGAGCAAGUCAAGAUAUCGUUCGGUCUGGAACCCGCCAUUGGGAGCACAUUACAGAGCCUUCGCCAGAGCAAACUGACUGCACCUCGAAUAUUGCGAAUCCGCAAAGCCAUGGCGUACGUUUCCGCGAAGCUCUCCGAACAGACAACGUCUGCGAAUCAACGGGCCUCGCCUGGUGGUCACCGAGGGGCCCUGGGCGCCAGCCGGGCCGCCACAGAUGCCCUCUCGUCCGAGCCGAUAGUCCCGCCCCCGCAGGAGAUCGAAAUACUCUGCCGAGGCCACGUUUUGGAUCCCAAUAUGAACCUGGGCACCGUGCGCUGGCUCAUCUGGAAAAGUCCGAAAGACCUCGAACUUACGUAUCGCAGACGUGGUGAGCAGACAAGCAAUCCAGCACCAGAAUCGCAUCCGGUGCCUUAA